AUUAUCCCUGAGUGGCUGAGUGCAGAAGUAAACCUUUCUUCACUAUUCUACAAACAAAACGAGAUGGCAAUCAAAAUCCAUGCUUUCCUUUGCUUGGGCCUUGUCUUAAGCUUUAUGUCUGUGGCUUCUGCCAUUCCAGGAACUGCCACUUACUAUACUGUUUAUGUUCCGUCUGCAUGCUACGGGUAUCAAGACGAAGGCGUUAUGAUAGCGGCGGCUAGCGAUGCCCUGUGGGAAAAUGGGGCUGCAUGCGGCAGAAUGUACACGGUUACGUGCACAGGCGCUACAAACCAAGGAGUAUCACAGCCUUGCAAGCCGGGUGGAGUCACGGUAAAGAUUGUUGAUUAUUGCCCAUCUCCCGGAUGCCAAGCAACCCUUGACCUCUCUCAAGAGGCUUUUUCUGUCAUCGCUGACCCUGCUGCCGGAAAAAUCAACAUCGACUACACCUUAAUUUAGCCUAGCUAGCACAUAUUUAUUGAGGUCUCUCCAUGAAGAGAAUAAGCUGUUUCGAUCUCCAUGAAGGGAAAAUAUAAUAGUAUUUAAUUACAAUUGUGCUAGCUGCAAUAAGAAGCUGAUCAUGGAAAUUGGACAUGUUUCCAUGGAUCAGAAUGAUCUGGCAAUAUAUAUAAUACUUGUAUGUACGUGUUCACAAAAAAUAAUAAUAACAAUACAAACCCUACAA